CUCUGGAAUUCUUCACUGUCGAGUUAACCCUUUCCGAGCCGCGGUGCCAGCCUGGUGUCGAGGGGAGAAAUACAGGACUGAGAUGGGACAGCUGGAUUGCAACAGGGCUUGGAGCCAACAGCUUGGAGGAUGGGAGUGGUCAAUGGCCAGUCACCUGUCCUCUCUCACCGAAAAAGAAACUUUGGCUCUUGGAAGUGUUUGAGUCCCUGUGGGGGAUGGGCAGCAAGAGCAGCCAUCCGCCACGGAGAGCCCAGCUGUCAGCUGCCUCACAGGAAGAUGCUGCGUGGAUGGCGUGGCCCCAGUGUGGGUGUGUGUAUGCGCACGGCCCUGGGAGUGCUGUACUUCUGCCUCACAGGAGCUGUGGAGGUCCAGGUCUCUGAAGACCCUGUGGUGGCCCUGGUGGACACGGACGCCACUCUACGCUGCUCCUUUUCCCCGGAGCCCGGCUUCAGCCUGGCACAGCUCAACCUCAUCUGGCAGCUGACCGACACCAAACAGCUGGUGCACAGCUUCACCGAGGGCCGGGACCAAGGCAGUGCCUAUGCCAACCGCACAGCACUCUUCCCUGAACUGCUGGUGCAGGGCAACGCGUCCUUGCGGCUGCAGCGUGUCCGAGUAACCGACGAGGGCAGCUACACGUGCUUCGUGAGCAUCCGGGACUUUGACAGCGCUGCUGUUAGCCUGCAGGUGGCAGCCUGCUACUCCAAGUCCAGCAUGACUCUGGAGCCCAAACAACCUGGGGACAAGGGGACGGUCAUAUGCUCCAGCUCCCAGGGCUGUCCUCAGGUUUCAGUGUUCUGGCAGGGAAUACCCUUGACUGGCCAUGUGACCACAUCAUAGAUGGUCAAGGAGCAGGGCUUGUUUGCUAUGCACAGCAUGCUUAGGGUGGUGCAGGGUGCUAAUGGCACCCACAGAUGCCUGAUCCUCAACCUGGUGUUGCAGUAGGAUGUAUACAGUUCAGUCACCAUGACAACCCACAGAAGCCCCAUGGGAGGCAUGGAGGUCUAGGAAGAUCCUGUGGUGGCCCUGGUGGACAGUGACACCAUUCUAUGCUGUUCCUCCCUCAAGCCUGGCUCCAGCCUGGCACAGUUCAAUCUCAUUUGGCAACUGAUAUAUACCAAAUAGCUGGUGUACAGCUUCCCCAAGGGCCGGGCCCAGGGCAGGACCUACACAAGUACAGCUCUCUUCCCUGACCUGCUGGUGUAGGGUAAUGUGUUCCUGAGGAUACAGUGCACGGAUGUAGCUGGUGAGGGCAGCUUCACCAGCUUUGUGGGCAUCCGGGACUUUGGCAGUGCUGCUGCUAGCCUGCAGGCAGGUGCCCCCUACUCGAAGCCCAGCAUGACCCUGGAGCCCAGCAAGGACCUGCGUCCCGGGGACAUGGUGACCAUCACAUGCUCCAGCUACCAGGGCUAUCCCGAGGCUGAGGUGUUCUGGAAGGAUGGGCAGGGACUGCCCUUGACUGGCAAUGUGACCACAUCCCAGAUGGCCAACGAGCGGGGCUUGUUUGAUGUUCACAGCGUGCUGAGGGUGGUGCUGGGUGCUAACGGCACCUAUAGCUGCCUGGUACGCAACCCGGUGUUGCAGCAAGACACUCACGGCUCAGUCACCAUCACAGGGCAGCCUAUGACAUUCCCCCCUGAGGCUCUGUGGGUGACUGUGGGGCUCUCUGUCUGUCUUGUGGUACUGCUGGUGGCCCUGGCCUUCGUGUGCUGGAGAAAGAUCAAGCAGAGCUGUGAGGAGGAGAAUGCAGGUGCUGAGGACCAGGAUGGGGAUGGAGAAGGAUCCAAGACAGCUCUGCGGCCUCUGAAGCACUCUGAAAACAAAGAAGAUGAUGGACAAGAAAUAGCCUGACUGGGAGCUGCUGCCUUUCCCAGGUGGGGGGCCCACCCUCUGGCUGUGUUGAGCCUCAAUGUGAGCCCUGCCCCAAUGCAUGGGUUCUGCUCUGGGGGUCUCCCCAUUCUCCAAAGGAUCUGGUACAUAGGCCACCUGCAGCCUUAUUUCUCUGAUGGACUUAAUUCCCAUCAUCCUGAAGCCUUAUUUUCCCGGUGACACGAUACAUGAACCAUCCUGCGGCCUUAUUCCUUAUGGACAUGACACACAGACCGCUCCACCUCAACGUUCCUCCAGAGUCAUCCAGUGACCUUGUUUCUCCAGUGACACUACACAUGAACCUUCCUUCGGCCUUGUUCCUCAUGGACACACGCAAACCAUCCCCACCUGCUUGCUCCUCCGAAGCCACACAGACCGUGUAACUGCUGUUAUUCUCCAAGGCACAUAACUACUCAGACGAACCCCUGCCUUAUUUAUCUGAAGCCAGCUGCAUGGUCACCUCUUGGUUUCCCCAUGGCCCUGGUACAUCUUGCUUCCCGCCCCUCAACCUUUGUUCUGACUAGUGUGGAUCCCAUCUCUUCAGCAUCUCCAAGUCUUCAUCCUGACUCACCUGCCCUGGGCUUGGCUUUGGUUAUCUCCUUCCCUGGCUAAGUGUGACCGGGGCACACUCCCCAUCUAUCCGCACAGGUACAUUGAUACUCGGAGCUGCAUGUGCUGGAACACGUACAGACUUGCCUUGUGUGGUCUGCUCUGGCUGCCCUGGGCUGUGCCCAUUCUCCCCACAGGAAGCUGGUACUGGCUGCCCUGGUUCUCAGGGCCCCUCACGGGGUCAGCCUUCAUCCCUGUGCUUUCCCAUGUUUGGAAUCUUUGUUACUUUUACUUUCUUAGUAAAUUAAUGUCUGUAGAGCAACCACAGGGGUCAGCACUGUGCUGGGUGCCAAGGGCCUGCAGAAAAAUCAGAGUCCCUUGCCUCUAGACCUCACCUUCCAGCUGGGAAAUGGCCUUGCUUCCUACUGUACCCACCUGUGCCCACAGCUUCUGGAUACCUCACCCUCAGCCCACACUAUUCCUGACACAGGGCCUGGGGUAGAGGCAGAAACCCAGAGAAAGCACAGUCCUUUGCCAUACCUGGAGAACUGGGUGCUUUCUAGAAUCUUUCUAGAUGUGGACUGGAAGGCAGGUGGCCACAGCCAUUCAGACCUGGAUGGGGACAGCAGCCUAUGUCAUACUGGGACCUCCUCAACAGCUGGAGCCUGGGGAAGGCCAAGGCCAGGCCAAGAGGGCCUGAGGACAAGAAGGACUGCUCCUUACUUACCAUGGUGCUAUUCUGGACCUGGGGCUUGUACCUGGCUUGUCUCUGACUGCCCUGCCUUCUGGCAAAGCAGCCCUUCUGGUGUCCCCUGGAGGCAUCUCUCCCACCCCAGUACUGCAGAAUGUGAGGAUAAUUUAAAGAUGGACUCUGGCUAGGUGUGGUGGUGCACACCUUUAAUCCCAGCACUCGGGAGGCAAAGGCAGGAGGAUCUCUGAGUUCGAGGCUAGCCUGGUCUACAGAGUGUCUUUCACAUCUCAAAAGACACAACAAAAAACAAACAUGGGACUCUGUAAACUGGGUAUAUUUUGGGAGAAAUAAAUGCCUCUGUCUUUCAA